CCUACCAAAGCCACAUUCAAUCUCUCCUAAGAGAGAAAGAAAGAAAACUAUACACAGCUAUUUUCACACAUAUAUAUAAAUCUAAGUUGUUGGUGACGUUAUUUUACACAGAAAGCACAACCAUUUUCAGCAGUCACAAGAUUUUUGAGGAAUCUUUCCUUCCAAGAAUCUUGUACAUUGUGAGAGAAUGGAGAGUAGUAGUAUGCAAAACUUGUUGGAGAAACUAAGGCCUCUUGUGGGUGCAAGAGCUUGGGACUAUUGUGUUCUUUGGAGACUAAACGAAGACCAAAGGUUUGUGAAGUGGAUGGGAUGUUGUUGUGGUGGGACACAACUCAUAGAGGAAAAUGGAACUGAAGGGUUUAGCUUCGAAGGUUGUAGGGAUGUUAUGUUUCAUCAUCCUCGAACCAGAUCUUGUGAUUUUCUUGCCCAUCUUCCUUCUUCCAUCCCUCUUGAUUCCGGGAUAUAUGCAGAGACUCUUCUGACUAACCAGACCGGUUGGUUGAGUGAGAGCUCAGAACCCGGUUUCAUGCAGGAAACGAUCUGUACCAGGGUUUUGAUUCCUAUACCGGGAGGAUUAGUGGAGCUCUUUGCGACCAGACAUGUUGCUGAAGAUCAGAACGUGGUGGACUUUGUAAUGGGGAAUUGCAACAUGUUGAUGGAUGAAACGGUAACGAUCAACAUGAUGGUAGCAGAAGAGGUGGAGUCGAAGCCAUAUGGGAUGAUAUCUGGUGACAUCCAUCAAAAGGGUUCAAAGGAUGAAGAAAUGAUGAAUCUCACAUCGCCUUACGACAUCUCUACCGAUCAAAUGCGGCUCAAUUUCUUGCCUCAGAUGAGUGAGUAUGAUGCACAGCAGCAGUUGAAGGUGAAGAGUGAUUAUCAUCAUCACCAAGACUUGGGAUAUCUCCCGGAGAAUGGUAGCAAGGAGAUGAUGGGCAUGAACCCAUUUAGCACAGAAGAUGGGAUGUCGGUGAUGGGCGAGCCUAGCUUGCUUGUGAACGAACAACAAGUUGGUAAUGAUAAGGAAAUGAACGAGAACGGAAGGUUGGAUACUGGUUCGGAUUGUAGCGACCAGAUUGAUGAUGAAGAUGAUCCAAAGUACAAGAAGAAGACAGGAAAACAUUCUCAAGCUAAGAACCUGUUGGCUGAGAGGAGGAGGAGGAAGAAGCUAAACGAUAGGCUUUACGCUCUUCGGUCUCUUGUUCCUAGGAUAACCAAGUUGGAUAGGGCAUCGAUUCUUGGUGACGCGAUCAACUACGUUAAGGAGUUGCAGAAUGAGGCAAAGGAGCUUCAAGACGAGCUUGAAGAGAACUCAGAGACUGAAGAUGGAUCUAAUAGGCAGCAAGUAGGGAUGAGCCUGAACGGGACAGUAGUCACUGGGUUUCACCCGGGGCUUUCGUGUAACUCUAAUGUUCCUAACCUGAAACAAGAUGUUGAUCUUGAGAAUGCCAAUGAUAAAGGACAAGAAAUGGAGCCGCAGGUGGACGUGGCUCAGUUAGAUGGCAGAGAGUUUUUCGUAAAGGUGAUUUGUGAAUACAAACCAGGAGGCUUCACAAGGCUGAUGGAGGCACUUGAUUCUUUGGGACUUGAGGUUACAAAUGCUAACACCACUCGCUUCCUCAGUCUUGUCUCUAAUGUCUUUAAAGUCGAGAAAACAGAUAGCGAGAUGGUGCCAGCUGAACAUGUGAGGAACUCUUUGCUGGAAAUAACCAGGAACACAUCUAGAGGAUGGCAUGAUGAUCAGAUGGCAACCGGUUCCAUGCAAAACGAAAAGAACGAAGUUGACUACCAACACUAUGAUGAUCACCACCAUCACGGCGAUCAUCACCACCUACAUGAUCCUCAGAUGAAUCACAGCGCUCACCAUCAUCAUCAUCAUCAUCACCAACACAUCAACCAUUACCAAAACUAAUAAGGAACAUGUUCCCAGAGCUAUCAAGAUGGGUGUUCUUACAGGAGAAAGAACCAUUAAUAUACGCAUAAAUGCACUUCAAACAUCUUUCCAUUUCAAGAAAUUUAAUAAAAAGGAAUGUCAGAUUCUCAUGGGACAUAGAAGUAUAUAUAAAAGCCAAAAAACUUCACUUUUAAAUUAUCUUUGUUAGAAGUUA